GACUUGGCCGGAAAUUUGUCCAGAUCGAGAUUUUCUUCCUGUAACCUCCGCAUCGAGCGCCGCCGGAAGAGGGCCGCCGCCUACCAAGCCGAGGGUUGUGUGGUAGGCCGGCGACGCACCGCACCGCGGUGGUGUGAGCCGCCUACAGCGCCGAGAUCGAGCGCCACAGCCGCGUCGGGAAGGGCCGCCACUCCGUGAGGAACCGAGGGGAUGGAGUCCCCCGUGGCGAAGAAAGGGACGUGGUUCUUCAUUGAUGAUCAGGGCAAUUACAGUAAGCAGGGAUCAACCCUUAUUAACAGAACAGACUCCUGAAGGCUUUGGUGUGGUACUUGUUUCGGCCGGCGUCGCAUUGUCCGCUGCAUUCUCCUCGACCCCCAGCUAGGACGGCAUCAAGUAGUAGGCGCCUGCAGGUCCGGUGUAUUGGAAGGGGAUUGACACUGACUGGGACUAGUGAGAUUUUUGGGGUGCUUUGGGAUAACUCUGUGCUAGUUUGGGUCUCGGCAGCCGGAGGAGGAAGAUAGGUUGAGCGUGCUGAUGGAUGAUGUUUUACUGUCUAUCUUGCGGAAAGUUGACAUAAGCACCGCUGUAAGGACAAGUUCGCUGUCAACGCGGUGGAGGCAGCUGCCCUGGCUGCUGCCUGAGCUCAGCAUUGAUGUCAGGCAUUUCCUACCUGUUCCAUGCCCAGACUCGAUUGCGGCAAAUGACUGUCAGCAAGCUAUGGUGGCUCUAACCAAAGCAGCCAAGUGUUUGUUCGCUAAACCUCAGAGAAAAUCCACCAUCACAACACUGCAGCUUCAGCUCUACUUGAUCAGCACUUUCUUGAGCGACAUUGGCCCACUAUUAGGUGAUAUGAUUGACAGUGGUUUGCUGAAAGAUUUGGACCUUUGCCUUCUUGAUGAUCUGAAACCUGGUGACUCUUCUGAGCUGCACAUGCUACAGCUCGCAAAAGACAUGUAUGGUUUCUUCAAUGCCUACCCCAGUGUGUUCGGUUGCCUCACGAGACUCUCUCUGCAUGGUGUUUGUUUUAUCGAGUUGGACAUGCACCAUCUCCUGUUUGACUGCUGCACACAACUGAAGCAUCUAAGCCUCCAUUAUUGUGAUGCCGGUCGCCGCUCUGUGUGGAAGAUAGAUGCACCAAACUCAAAACUCAGUGUUCUGGAAAUCGACACAUGUUGCUUUGAGAGAAUUGAUUUGAUCUGCCUUCCAGAACUGGAGAAGCUCCAUUGGGAUACUUGGGUGUCUGAAUAUAUCCCCUUGUCGUUUGGUGAUGCCCCGUCUCUUGGGGAACUAAAACUCUCAUCUGCUUUAACAUAUUAUAAUACAGUAUUUAAAUUAAGUGAGCUUCUACAUGGAACCACAAGCAUACAUACUCUGACAUUGGAUUUCCAAGGAGAAAAUCUUUGGAUGCAACCUGAAAUGAAGCAACUCCGCACCGCAUUCAACAAGCUAAGGAAGCUGACUUUGCGUGGUAUCUUUGUUGAAUUUGACAUCCUAUGGAUAACAGCCUUCCUUGAGGCGGCACCCUCCAUGGAAAUAUUACUUAUUGAGGUAUGGGACCAUGCAUGCAGCGCAUUUGUGAACGAUGAGGAGAGAAGGUCGGUAUUUGCUGAAAGAAAAAAUCCUCAGUGGGAGAUGGACUUCCGUUGCUCCAAGAACUGGCUACUGAAAGAACUCCAGUUUGUCGGCUUUAGGUCACUAGAACAGCAGUUUGCGUUUAUAAGAGCCUUGCUGGACCGAGCUCCCAACUUGCAGACGAUACUUCUCAAAGGAGCUGAGCAAUGCAAAUACUGCGAUGCCCUUGAUACCAAGUCGUGUUGUUCAACAGAGUCUUCCUUUCCAAAGGGUGAGGAUGAGCAAGAACUGGUGGCGAGGCGAAUCACAGAUGGCAAAUCCUCACCCCAGGUGAUUUUCCAUGAAUGAUCGUUUCCCUUGGGGAUCAGCCUUAUGUAACUUUCUCUAUGUUAGUCAAACAGUUGCAUCAAUUCUGGAGCUGUUAUGUACCAGCAAAUAAGAUGAUGUAAACUAUGGUGUGAUGUUUGAUCAUGCUGAGUAUGCGAAUGGACUUAGAUGAGAUGGCCUCCAAGAUUGGCAACAUCUACAGACAGCACCUUGUGGCUUACAGUAGUUUGGUUGUAUGUAACCUUAGCGUGCACAGCUGUGUUGUUCUCUAUCAUAGAAACAGUUCUGAUAGAGUUUAUGUUCCUGAAAAGUAGUUGGUCAGUUCUCCAAUGGUAUCCUGAAUGUGUGUUUAUGAGUUGGCAUGUAACAGCUUUGAAAUUUGUCAGGAUUCUAUACAUCCAGGUUUAAAGUUGA